AUGGCCGACAACAACGACGCCCAGCAUGAGCACACCUUCGAGAGCGCCGAUGCCGGUGCCUCUACCACCUUCCCCAUGCAGUGCUCGGCCUUGAGGAAGAACGGUCACGUUGUCAUCAAGGGCCGCCCAUGCAAGAUCGUCGAAAUGUCCACCUCGAAAACCGGCAAGCACGGUCACGCCAAGGUCCACAUGGUCGCCAUCGACAUCUUCACCGGCAAGAAGAUGGAAGACUUGUCUCCAUCCACCCACAACAUGGAUGUUCCAAACGUCUCCCGGCGCGAGUACCAGCUGCUUGACAUCACUGACGAUGGCUUCCUCUCCCUCAUGUCUGACGAUGGAUCCACCAAGGACGAUGUCAAGGUUCCAGAGGGUGAGGCCGGUGACAAGAUCAACAAGCUUUUCAGAGAGGAGGAGAAGGACACCAACGUCAUCGUCCUUACUGCCAUGGGCGAGGAGGCUUGCAUCGAUGCCAAGGAGGCUCCAAAGGGCUCUUAA